AUGGACUUGACUAGACUCGCCACAUCUAUCUCUGAGGCAACGGAGCUACUCACCAGCCAGUCGAUUGACCCUCAGCAGCGAGCAGAGCUGUCGCGGGCCUGCGAGAGACUUUCUGCAAUUAUUGACCAGCCGAACUCAAGAUUAGAGAAAGCCACUAUCGCGACAACCCCAAUCGUAGCCGCCCGUGUCGCCAUCGAUAUUGGAAUAUUUGACUUUGUCCUUAAUUCGCUAAAAGAGGAAUUCACGAGCGACGAAAUUGCAUCGCAUACAGGUGGAGAUACAUUACUUGUUUGCCGUAUCUUGCGGUCAUUGACAGCGUCUGGUAUAUUCAAUGUCACACCAGCAGGGACUUACAAACCCGAUCCUGUGGUGAAGGAUCUUGCUCGGGGUGGCUAUUUAGCAAGCCGGAUCGUGAUGAACUUUGACAUUCACUUCCAAAUAUUUGCCAAACUUCCCCAAUACCUAAGGGAGACCCAAUACAGAUCUCCUGCAAACGCCUACGCGGGACCCUUUCAAUAUGUCUUUGACACAAACGAGCAUUAUUUCGACUGGAUGAAGUCACAUCCGUCUCAACUCGAUGCCUUUAAUCGUACAAUGCAGGCCGGUGUUGUACGUGACAAUUCUGCGCGGUGGACCCAAAUAUUCCCUGUCGCGCAGCGAUUCCAGCAAUUCAUGAGUGCCAGCUUUCCUGUUGAUAAAGGGCUUCAACUAGUGGAUGUCGGAGGUGGCAUCGGCCACGAAAUCCAAAUUUUGCUUGAGACGCUUCCAUCUCUCCGAGGACAUUUUGUUCUGCAAGACGUACCCGGCGUUAUCCAAAGCAUGCUACCGGAACUCCAGAAAACCACGGUCCCCACGCAGACAGUACAGGCCAUGCCUUACAGCUUCUUUGAGUCACAGCCCGUAACAGGCGCACACGUCUACUUCCUGGGCCGUGUUCUUCACGAUUGGCCGGACAACGAGGCACGGAGAAUUCUACAUCACAUUCGAAACGCAAUGGGUAAAGACUCCCUGCUCCUCAUUCACGAUCGCGUGUUGCCAGAUGGUCCGGCGAAGGUCCAUCUAUCAGACACCAUUAUGGAUUUCAAUAUGAUGGCUUUAUGUUCGUCGCUAGAACGAACGGAGACGCAAUUUCGAGACCUGCUUGUCUCCGAGGGACUUGACAUGGUGCGGGUGUGGCGGCCAGCCACUGCUGGUCUUCAUCGACAAGCGGUGCUCGAGGUGGUCUUGGCGGGUUCUCCAGAUGAUGAAUAG